AUGUCUGCAUCACUCCCCGGCAACCGGGACCUUCCCGCGUCGCAGUAUGAUCUGAACACUUACUGGGGUCGUGUGCGCCAUGCGGCAGACAUCUCCGAUCCAAGAAUGUUGUUCGUAUCCCCGUCGGGUCUAGAACAAGCGAAGCGCCUUAUCUCGUCUUAUAAGCAGAAUCAUGUCCCUGUUAUGACUCCUGAGUUAUGGCGGGCGAAGAAGGUGGUGGACUCUACGUUGCAUCCAGACACUGGCGAACCGGUUUUCCUUCCCUUUCGCAUGUCGGCUUAUGUUCUUUCGAAUCUGGUGGUGACGGCGGGUAUGCUUACGCCAGGUUUGCAGACUACCGGAACGCUUCUGUGGCAGAUUGCCAACCAGUCGCUCAAUGUCGCCAUUAACAAUGCGAACGCGAACAAGUCGACUCCCCUGUCGGUAUCUCAGAUGGCCAAGUCAUACUUGAUGGCGGUAUCGGCGUCAUGCUCGGUGGCCCUGGGUCUCAACGCGCUGGUCCCUCGGCUGAAGAACAUUUCUCCCAACACGAAACUUAUUCUCGGCCGUUUGGUGCCCUUUGCUGCGGUUUCCAGCGCCAGUGCACUCAACGUGUUCCUGAUGCGUGGCGAGGAGAUCCGACAGGGCAUCGACGUCUACCCUGUUCUCUCAGAGGAGGAGAAGAAGAAGCGCGAGGAGACCGGUGAGCCGGUCCAGAGUCUGGGUAAGAGCAAGAAGGCCGCCACCAUCGCGGUCGGUGAGACGGCCAUCAGUCGGGUGCUGAACGCCACGCCUAUCAUGGUGGUACCGCCUCUGAUUCUUGUGAGGCUGGAGAAGACAGCCUGGCUCCAGGCUCGUCCGCGCAUGGUUACCCCGAUCAAUCUGGGCUUGAUCCUGGCCACGUCGCUGUUUGCUCUUCCGCUGGCCCUAGGAGCAUUCCCUCAGCGGCAGGCAAUCAGCGCCCAGUCUCUGGAAGAGGAGUUCUGGGGCCGAGGAGGUAAGGACGGGCAAGUUGAGUUCAACCGGGGCAUGUAG